GCAACCGAUUAAACCGAAAAGAAGAAGAAAAUGGCAUUACCGAUCCAAUCUCCAUGUUUUGCGAAGAAACCCUCACCUUCUCUUCUGUACCCAUCUCCUUGCUUUCCCGCCAGAGUCAGGCUAACUGUAAGGGCAGAGGCAUCACAGAACAAGAGUUUAACUGAAUCAACUCCUGAGCAGGCCUCCAUUUUAGCUGCUUCCAAGAAAGCAAACACAACCGGACUUGGGUUCGGCUCGUCUACUUUGGAUAAGACGAAGGAGAAGGAGGGAGCAAACGAUACUUCCAGUACUGCCAAGAAGAAGAAGAAGAACAAGAAAGGUAGAGAAAGGACAUCGUCAAUAAUUCGUCGAUCCCCACUAGAGAAGCCCGCUUUUCUUUCCCAGCAGGGAGAAGCACAGUCCCAAGAGCAGAGAAAGAACGAAAGCGCUUUCCUUCUCACUUGGUUGGGUCUCGGCUCUCUAAUUCUCAUUGAGGGUAUCGUUCUUGCUGCAUCAGGCUUCCUGCCAGAGGAAUGGGAUAAGUUCUUUGUGAAGUAUCUGUAUCCAUCAUUCACCCCAACAGUCUUCUUGUUUGUUGGUGGAACAGUCGCAUAUGGAGUGUUGAAGUACCUGCAAAGUGAGAAAACGAAACGCUAAGCAAAAGCAUGAAGAUGGUCGAAGUUUCUGUUCAGCAACUAUUUAAUCGAGGCAGGGUUUUGGAUGUUUUGUUAAGCAGUUUUUUACUUGUAGGAUUGGUACAGAUGUAUAUUCUAUGAUAAUACGAGCUACAUUAAAUGAGAAAAGUGCACAGGGUGAGACAACAAUUGGGUUUAGUCUACAUCUUGUGAAGUGGUUUUGGUACUUUCCAUAGAUGUGAGCCAUAUAUGCACCUCAAACAUUUAGCUGGUGAAGAAAAUGAAACACACAUUAGUAUAAGAACAUGUGAUCAGAUAAGUAUGAAAACUAAAGAGGAGAGCUGUGGAAGAUAGAAAUUUCAGAAGCACAUAGAGAUUAAAUGGGCACAUUGGCAGCAUCAGCUAUUUGUGUUGAACCUGAAUUUAUGUUGAGAAUUCCAUUCAUAAUGCUUGUAUUUGUGUGACAUAAAGUUAAUAAUUCCUACUGCUUGCUUGUA